AUGUGUGUAGGUAAGAAGAAGAAGGGUACAGUCGAGGUAGCAGCACAAUGGCUCGCCGAAUCGAAUGUCAAGACGAAGGCUUUCGACUACAACUGGAAAGAAAUGGUAGCCUGUCCCAUACACGUGCCUCAGAACGAAUGGGUGGCUGCAAACGUGGGCCCAUUCUUCAAUCACACAUCGGUGCUAUACGCCACCCUCUCCGAUUUCUGCAAUGUGUCGCGGUGUCCGACCAUGUCCGCCGGCUCAAAGACUGAAUUUGUAUGGUUUGACGAACGAGGGAAGAAGGUGAAGGGCUUGGCGGCCCCCAACUACAUCGAAUACGCUAUGAGCUAUAUACAGACGCAGAUCGAGGACGAAAAUAUAUUCCCCACACGCUUAGAUAUGAACUUUUCCAGAGAUUUCCUGACGGUUUGCAAAAAGAUAUUCAAGCUGCUCUUUCAUGUUUUAUCACAUAUGUACCACUCACACUACUCACAGGUCUUGGAAUUAGGUUUGAACGGGCACCUGAAUACGAUGUUCCAACAUUUUUGCUACUUCGGACUCGUCCACCGAUUGCUAGACCACAAAGAAUGUGCCCUUAUGGAACCGUUACUCAAAGAAUUCGGAUUAUAA